AUGGACGUUUGUCCAAUCGGAGUUGCCUUCACGUCUAAAUGGAGAGCAGCUUGUGGAGACAUGGCAGACCCGGACCUUUGGAAGCGCACCGUUGCACAUUCGGCCCUCCGACGUCUGGCCACCAACGCUCACAAGAGAAUCCUGGACUUGCAGGAGCUGGUCAGCGAUGUCGAGGUUGAAAGAGAUCUCGUGGCUGCUGAUUUGCAAAUUGCGGCAUUGGAAGAGCUGCUGAAGCAAUCCCCAAGUCCAGAGCGAAAUGUGCCCAUGUGUGCAGAACGCCGAGGAAGGAAAUACGCUGCCCUCCCAGCAGCACCACCUCUUGGUCCCAUGCCGGAUGGUACUUUUCGUUCGACGGUUGACUGCUGGAACCGCAAGCGUGAUCGGAAGUGGGUGGAAAAGAAAUUAGGGAUUGCAGAGAAGGGCAACAGCACCACCGUCUUCGUGAAUGAGCUUGACACGGCAGUUGUCAUCGCAGUUGGAUAUCGUUUCUUCUUCAGUCCAGACGAGUCCGUGGGCGGGUGCCAAGGGCCGGAUUAUCAUUUCGGUGAUAAGGAAGUGCAAUGGAGGAGCGCUUGGAAGGGAGACUGUGCGUUCUUGUACAGGAAUGAACCCGAAGACAAGCAGGUGCUGCAUUGGCGGUCUCCUCGAAGCGAAGAGUACGAUGCAUGCUACCGCAUGGCUUGCAAGGAAUUCUGCAGAUCACACUGGUGCAUGGCCAAAACUGUUGCGGCUGCGGUUUGGUCGUUCGCAAUUUUUCUGGUGCUGACCUCUCUUUGCAGCUGCGCCGUCGUAGGCUACAAGCUCGGGUCACACAUGUCGAAUGGGGACAGACGCGAGCUAGGCGGCAGUUCGUGCAGCGUGUGUAGCAGCACCAGCAGCGCAUGA